CUUUAAAGUUUAAAUCUUAAAUUUUUAAAUAUUUUGCUAUGUGUAGACGAAGCAUUAUUUUAUAAAUUGUCUGGCAAUAUUGUGUUUAUUUUGUCGAAUAUGAGUUGAUAUAAAAUGAAAAAUAGCUCAUAAGCAAAUCUAAUGCAGAAAAAUAAAAAGGUAUUUCGCAAAAGACGCAUUAGGAAAGUCGUUUCAGCACAAAUUAAAUAAAGAAAAUUAUUAAAGGGCGAAACAGGUUGAAAUACAAACGUUGGAGCUGCGAAACCAGACGUGUAAAAAUUAAAGGGACAGUGACGCACUUUCAGGCAAAAAGUGGGACUACAAUAGACUCGAUUAGUGCUGAGUUUGGUCCUAGUCAUGAACCGCUGUGUCUUACCAGCAUGGGAUCAGAUACCCUUUCUCGUGUUGGGUAAAAUAUAUAACUACCUAGAACCACAAGAUCGAUUAAACGCGUCGCAGACGUGCCGUCACUGGCGUGGGGUGCUCUUCCAAAAGAGAUUUUUCAACAAUUUUAAGUUCACAUUGCACAUAAACAAUGAGCGGCAAUACACGUUUUUUCGCCAAACCCUUUGUAAUUUGGCAACUGAAGUUACCAUUAAUUUUGACUUUAUGAACGUUUUCCAUAUAGAGAAAGUUAGAAAAAUUCUAUACAGGAUCGCACGUUGUAAUAAUCUGCAAGGUUUACAUUUCUCCACAAGUAAUAUGGGAAUAAUCGCCCCUGGUAUUAAAAAUAAAGAGAAACUUAUCGAUAUUGAACAAUGUUUCAUAGAGCCUCUAAAAAUGUUCUUAAAUCGUAAAAAUUCUCCAUGUCAAAUAUUGGACUUAGGUGCGAUUGAAGCUUUAACCUUCUAUGGCUUAGAAAUACUAAAAUCCUUAGGGAAACCUGACGCAUUGCUGCAGUUAACACUGGCUUCAAUUAAAUUCGAUUCCUGUAAUUAUACCAUACCUACCAUAGAGCCUUCGUUGUUGCAAAAAUGCUCUUCACUGCAGGCUUUAUCGCUCGAUUACGAUUGUUUAAAUGAGAAUUUAUUGCAUGCCAUGGAAUUACUACCAUUGAAAAAGCUGUUAAUCUGUAUUCACAGUGUAAAUCGUCAACAUCCUGGUAUAUCCGAUACAUCUUGGGCUAGAUUUGGAGCUACUUUUCCCAAUAUCGAUUUGAUUGUGUCAUUAGUAUACGCAUUUGAAGCGGUUGAAGUGCUACAAGUACGCAUACUGCGACGUAAUAUGCCAAUAACACAUUUGCGCGUGCUAUUUUGUGACAUUAUGAACGCAGAGGCCUUAGAAUGGAUGUCUAUCAAUAAUAGCAACACGCUGAAGAGCAUACAGUGGAUAGAUUCUGCUUACAAACAUUCCAAUAAAAAUGUGAUGGAUUUGUUUAUACGCUCCGGUCAAGAUCCCUUCGUUAUGAUGGCAUGGCGUUGCAAAAAUUUAGAGGAAAUCGUAAUACAUGGCUAUGUUAUAGAUCCUCAUAAUAUUGUUGGUAUGUCACGUCUCCGCGGCCAAUCCCUUAAGCGCCUAGAAAUUUCAAUGAUUGACGAAACUCCAACAGAAGCGAGCAUGGACUCAUUCAUUGAUGAAAUCAAUACAUUGCUUGGCCACAAAUGGGAACCCAUACCCCCAAAUAAAUUACAUCCGGCACUCGGAUACAUACCAGUGACAGAUGAUGUACGUGAUAAAUACGUCUUCGAUCUCAUGCGUCGUGAUAUGGGCUAUUAUGAUUAAUUGCAACAACUUAAGCGAAUUUAGGUUAACUAUAGAUUUAUAACGAACAGUAAAAGUAUGUAACGUAAUACAUAUUCAUUAAAAAGAACAAAACUACAUAUAUGAGAACUCAAACGACGUGCUUAGCGAAAAUACCUUAACAAUGUGGCUUCACAGAAACAACAGCAACAACCAAAGUAAAACUAAAAGUUGAAAUAUAAAAGCAUUGCAGUGAUACUUUUUAAUAUCUUUAAAUCACAUAUUAUGCGUUAAUGCGAAAGAGAGAAUAUUGGUAAAUUCAAACAACUAUCAUUUGAAAAACCAUAGUGGAAAGCAAGAUUUAGUAUAAAAAAAUCACAAAAAACGAAAAAAUGUGGAAGCAUCAAAACUCAAUUACCUACAUUACUAUAUAAAUAGAUAUCUUUAGGCGAUUAUAGUUUAAGAAGAAACAAUAACAACCACUCUUGUGAUAAAAGGGGGACAAAUUAAUUUGUAUUUAAAUAUAUGACAUUGACAUUGACUCAAAUGAAACACAAACCUAUCAAAGAUAAACAUCCUUAGAAAAUCACAAAUCGCUCCCGAAGAAAAUAUUUCGGCAAACAAUUUAUUUGCAAUGGAAACCAUAAAAACACAUCGAUCUAUAAAGGUGACGGAAUGCCACAACAUCUAAAAAAAGCUAUGGAAGUCUAACUACACGCCGGACUUAUCCUCAGAUGAUUAUAACUCCAUAUUAUUCAAAGCAUUCUAAUUGUUUAUUUAUAGUAUGAGUAUUACACCGGAAUAAUGUAACAACAAGAACAAUGUAUUGUAGAUUUCACUAAAGCAGCGAAAGUAAUUAUUUCAUAAUUUUUAUAUAGACCUACAUAUACACACAUAAACCAAUAAGCAUUGUGUUAUAUACAUAUGAAAAGCUCACAUACAUAUAUUCCAUAUUAUUUUAUUUCUUUGUUUUAUAAAAAAAUAACUAUAAAGAAUAUAAUUUUACUUGACUUAUACGUUUAUAUAAUUGGGUCACUAAAUAACAGAAAAGAAUAACAGUUGCAUACCUACAUAACCUAAAAUGGACGUUAAUUUCAUUUAUUGCCAAUAACGGAAUUAUUUAAUUCUUGUUUUAAUAUUCAUCCACACGAUUUAGAGUUUAUUAACUGCAGGAAUAAUUAAAAUUACAUUCGAAAAUUUUGAUUUCAAAACUAAAAAAACGUAAAACUUUUGCUAGUUAAUUUUAGUUAUUUCGAAAAAUAUAAAUUUUGCGAAAGAUAAACAUCAAAAGGGAUAAAAUGUAAAUAUAUAAAUAACAUCGAAUAUAUAAAAAGAAAUACAAAAAAUUAGCAACAUAUUAGGCAAAGGUGCCGUCUUACAAUUUCCAAAGGCACCGAUACAAAAAUAAAAAUUGUAACAUGUAUUUAUAUUUUUGUGAAUCUUUAUAUAAUUAAUGCAAUUACCAAGCAUAAUAUUUUAUAGCCGCAUUUUUGUUCACAAAACACAUACUACUGCUACAAUUAUUAUAGGCAUAAUUUAAUGGAACACUGCACAUUAUGAAACUGUAAAGAACAAAAUAAGCAUGUGCAUUUGUUAACUACUAAACGCAUUCAAAAGUAUAUUUUAGACAUCAAAAAAUUGUUUGAAAUGAAACGCUUAUUUGUAUGUAAUUUGUUCAGCGGCAAAUGAGUGUUAAACUUUUUUUUUAAGAAAGCUGUAUAUUUAUGUAACUGUGUGUAACCAUUCUACAAAUGUAAACGAGAUUCAAAAGACUUAAGACCAUUAUGAAUGUGAUGAUGAAGAACGAGCGAAAGUUAAUUUAAAGUUGAAACGACGCAAUUCAUGGAAUUCGAAUUGAAGUGAAUGGAAAUCUCUAAGAAAAAACAAACUGAACAAAUAUUGAAAAACAAACAACAACAUUAAUAUUUUGUUUAAUGUGAACCAAAGCUGUGAUUUUAUGCAAGCCAGCAUACGUUAAGAAUGCAACUACAACAAAAAACGACAAACAACAACAACAACAACUAAAAUCCAUUGUAAGAUGAAGAACAAAUAUUAUAAUUAAAAUGUUUAGAUUAGUUAAGUAAAAAUCUGUUGACAGCAAUUAACAAACAAAUAUUGAUAUGUAUGUGCGUACAGAGAGCAGAGAGCUAAAUUUUACAACAACAUGUGUUAAUAAAUUUUAAAGCUUAAUAGAAAGAAAGCCUUAUACCACAAACAAAAUGCACUUUUACAAAUAAAUGUUCGAAUAAUCCAAAACAUAUCUUUAGAAAGGAAAAAAUUUAAUUAAAUUAGUCAACUCGAAGCAGAGCACUGGCAUAUGUUUCGAACAACUUUUAAGUACAUAUAGUGUGCCUGAUAAAUUUUCAAAUUACAUUUAUUUGACUUAUCUGUUAAUUUUAUAGCAUUCCAAAUCUUUUUAUAAGCCUAAGAGCAUUUUACAAAAACUAUAUACACAUUUUUAUAUCAGCCAGAAUCAGAAAUAAAAAUCUCUUAAUACCACAAUUUUGGAUGAUUAUAAAUACGGGCCGUUCCGAAUUACAUAGGCCGAACUUGUCAUUACCAAAUUGUAAUUGCUUUUUUAUGAUUAUAAAAAUAUCUUUAAAGGGCACAACAAAGAAUAAAUGUCUUUUUUAUAUGUAACUUACAAAUGUCACCUUUACCUGUGUACUGUUAUUUACCAUUUACUAAAUAAGGUCAUCUAAAUUAGUAUUAUUACAAUUAUAAUUUAUUUUAAUUGAAGCUCUCUGCUCAAUCAAGCAGAAAUAUGUUAGUUACCUUUACAUAAUAAGCUCAAAUGUCAACAAUGCUCAAAAGAUGCUGGUAAAGUGUGCAUAUUUGUUUGGAAGUAGCCCACAUAAAGUGUUAGAAGUGUAUAUAAAACCAAAUUUAACAGCAUAAACCUGUUUUUAAGAACCUUACGCGGUACAAACUUAGAAAAAAUUCCAACUACUCAGUACCAAAAUGCACGAAUAAAUAAAGACACACACAAAAGCAGAGUAUGCAUUAUGAAAAGCAAAAAAAAAAACAUAAACAACCAACAAAUUGUGAUGAAAAGUAUAAUUAUGAAUAUAUCAACCAAGUAAUUUAGCGAGGAGAGAAUUGAAAGACAAACAACAAAUUUAUUAACAGCUUCUGUAUGUCAAUAAAAUAAGAACAAAUGCAGCCAGGGCAAAUGGUAAAUAUUAUAUGUAUAUAGUACGUACACAAUACAAUUGUACCAAUGUACUCGUAUACGUAUGUAUGGGCAAACAAAUGUACAUACAUAUGUAUUAUGCAAUUUAAUUGAUAUGUGAUAUGCGUCCGCCAUAACAACAAUAAGUUAGCGGCAAGCAACAACCUACUACAAAAACAAGCAAACGCAACAUCUAAACAAAGAGUGUUUAAAGUGAUAUUAACUAUUUAAUUUAAAAAAACAACGUGAACAACAACAACAACAACAACAAAUAUAGUUAUAGCAUUGUAAAUUGUAAAUUGACGAAAGAGCUUUUAAUAUAGCUUUUAAAGAAGCACAGAAUUAAAAACAAUCCGAAAGGAAGCAGUAUGUGAAGUUUGUCAAAUCGAUAAAUAAACAACAUUGUGCUAUACGAAAUGUUAGAAAAAUCAGCAAUCAAUAAAUCGAUGUCAUUCUUAAUGAUUAUAACUUGAAAUCAAACUGCUUAGCAAAUAAGAAAAGAGCAUUUCAUUUACUAGUAUUCCACAAGCAAAAACUAAAACUGAACAGCCAAAAAGAUUUGUGAAUCUAUAUUCUUAUUUUUUGGAAUGAUUAGCCUUGACUAGCCAUAAAAAACACAUUGUAUAUUUUCUUCAACAACUUUCAACAUUUUUGUAAUUUUGUGCCAUAGCAAAUUGUUAAGACUCUUACGGACUUAAGGGCUUGUCUUUACAAACGAAUUUAUUGAGACGAUGAUGGUAUACUUGUACUUAGUAAUUGCUCUACACAUUUUAGAAAUUGAGACUUCGUUCCAUUUCAAGAAGACAGUAUUACAUUCUACAUGAUUCAACACAAAAAGAACAAUUUGACAUAUACUUGUAUGCUAGCACUCAUAAUGGCGAAAUUAAAUAUUCCAUCCAAUGAAAGUGCGUGUUGAAUACGAAUAGACUAUUACAGAUCCAAAAUCAUCAAAAUGCAAACAAAAUACACUAAAAAAAAAUACUUUGUCAGUAAAUAUUAAAAAAUUAUUUUCGUAAGAAGAAACAUCAACAACAUUUUCUAGCAACAUAACUUUAUAUGAUUGAAUCAUGACAUUCAGCAAAUAAGUCGGUUGACAGCUAUAUAUUCUAUAGUAAAAAUAUUGUUAGAGGAAGAGAUGCGUAAAAAUGUUCCAAAGAUUACAGAUUCACAAUAUCUUUGGUUUUCAAAGUUGGGCGAGCUGCACGUACUUUUACAUACGUAUAUGUAUCCAAUAUUUUGGUCCACGUUUGAUUUCAAUAUUUAGGUUAAAAUUUUUGGUAUUAAAAAACUGUUCAAUACUAUAUAAAUGUGUGCUAAAACGGUAACUUUCAAUAGAAAAAUAAUGAAUAUUUAAGAAAAAAGUUUCUUAAAAAUAAAAUAUAUAUUAUUUUUUAUUUCAUGAAAAUUCUGCUAUUUAAUGUUAUAUUUUGUCAUUCAAAAUUAAUGAAUUACUUUAUAAUAUGAAAAUUGAAAAAAUUAAGUAAUUUCAUAUGAUUUUAUACUUAAAAAUUAUUAAAUAAAUUUCUAAAUUAAUAAUACGUUAAAAGCCAUUCGGAAUUUCAUUGUCUUUUUAAUUUUAUAGCAUUUUUGUUUUUCUCUUUUUUUGGCAAUAUGAGAAAAUUAGGUUAGGUUAUCAGAGGAUGUCAACUCUAUCUUGUCGAUCUGACUAUUAUUUGGAACUAUAUCCAUAAUUUUGCUUUGAAACAAUGGCGAAGCAAUAGAACUUCAGUUCUAGUUCAUUAGCGGCAUAUGUAUGGCUAUUUUCUCUCGACUUAUUUUCAAAUUAAAGAAAGUUAUAUAAAAUGUAUAUAAUUAAAAAGCCGUUACAAUAACUAUAGAGUAGAAGAAGUAGAAGAGUAUUUUAUUGAACAAUCCACAUUUCAUUUUUUUUCUUAAUAGUAAAAGCGACAUAUUCUGUGAGAAGAGAUUAUAAACCUUUUGGUAUGGUCAUAUAGCUGGAUCUGUGAGUGCAGAGAUUAUUAUCAUAAAAAACAAAAGAUUUUUUUAAACUCCGAACUUCUAUCAAUUAUUCAUGAUUACAUAAUUCUAGUUAUCUUCUGAAAGAUAUCGUUUAAAUACAUCAUUUCAAUGGAUAUAAUUGUGCAAUUAAAGAGAUAUGUACUUCUGAAAUUGAAUAUGAAUAGUGGUAACAAAGGUCGUUAAGACAUACAACAUACGCUUGUAAGAAAAUCAAUUUAAGCAAAUAAAAAUAUUAACGACACCGAUAUACUAUGUAUGUAUGUAUAUACACAAACACUUGCAUCCUUAUAUAUACAUAUAUAUAUGUAUAUAUACAUAAUGUAGGUACAUAAAUAAUUGUUAUAACAACAACAUGAAUGAUAAGAAAUGAUAAAAUCAUUAAGUGGAGCUGUGAUAAUCAAAUUAAGCGGAGAAAUAAUAAACAACAUCCGAAAAAUUAAGAUUUGAAAUAUAAAUAAGCAAGAGACCCCAGAAAAAACUGAUUAUACGAGAGCAUUAGCAUGUAUUAUGCAAUAUAUAAACGUUACAAAUGCUCAGCUCGAAUUUCCAUAAACUUUAACUGUUAAUCGCAAUUACAUACAUAUAUAAAAUGGCGUUAGUUAAGGAUGAAAAAAUAAUAAUAAUCACAUUACGUGCAAUUUAAAAAGAGAAAAUGAAAGCAAAAUCACAAUAAGUCGUUAUUUAUAACUAUUAUUGUAUAAGAAACAAAAAUUGUCAAAAAAUGUAGUGGUAAAGUAAUCAAGUAAUGAUAAAAAAAUAAAAAAUUUAGUCAAAAGGAAAUUUUAAGCAACUAUUUGCAUACAAGCGACCGUAAAGAUUACUACGAGUACUUUUGUAUGUAUUAAUUCAUUAAAAAAGGCUUUCUUUGCCCCAACUCUUCUUUGCACCUACUUUAAUUAAGUUUUUCCCCUUUAGCCAUUGUCGAAAUUUUCCAUUGUAUCAUAAAAACUUUAAACGAAAUCGCUUUCAAAUAUCUAUCAAGUAUUUAUAUAAUUUACUACCAUUACUCAGGUAAUUAUUUUUGAAAAACUAAUUUUCAUUGUACAAUUUGGAGAAGGUAAUGUGAAAAUCGCAGUAAAGGAUGUAUGCUACUGCUAACUGUAGCUUUACGGUCGCUAAUGCUUAGGAUUAAACGACGCCGCCAUUUUUAUAAUACUUUUCUGCAAUAUUUUUCAUAUUAUCCGAAAGUCGUUAUUACCCAAAACGCUGCAUUAUUUACUUAAAGUUUUUAUAUUUUAAUUUUGAAUAUUUAUUUAUAUGUUCCGUUUCUCUAACUGCGAUCAGAGCAGCUUAUUCCAAGAUUGACCUGUGUUCUACGCAUUGUCCAUAUGACUUUAAAUAAAAUGUAAUUUGCGAUAGUAAUUAUAAAGUGUUUUCUUUAAUUAUGUAAUUUUAUGAUGUAAAUAAAAAUUUAGUUUGGUUUCCAAAAAAAAAAAACACGUUUUUAAAUAUAUAAAAAUAGAUAGGUGUUUACAGUAUAUACAGUGAUCGGACCUGGUAGUGAACUCAGUAAGUAUUUAUAGUUAGUGUAGCAAUACAUUCUUACAUACAUAUACAUAUAAGGAACGUUUUACAAAACGACUCAUCUCGAUUCAGUAUUUUUAUUCUCAAGGCAGAAAUGGAAUUAUUUCUAAACGAAUUUCAAAAACGAACUAUAAUCAUUUUGUUAAGAAUCAAACUUACUCCAAUCAAUUGUUUUGUCAAAAGUCCGAUUAGACAAAUGACAUCAUAAUGUUUUUGGGUUUAUUUCGACUCUUUUGCUUACUUCUUACUAAAUAUUUUACUUUUGAAAAUACUGAAACAAGCUAAGCAAAGUUUAGCCUAAAAGCAGUUUAUAAAAGAAAGAUAAUUUAAUAAAUUUUGUACCGUAAGCGUGAAUCUAUUGGAUGGAUCCGACUAAGCACUUAAUUGAUAAAAGAGUUUAGUUUUGAGAUUUCAUCAGCGAAACCGUAUUUCAACGUGGUUACUCGUAUUAAAACUGUAACAAUGACCUUCCAUUCGACACCCCACCCUCCAAUAUCAAUCUGAUAACAAAAAUGUCAGUAGAAAAUGUGCGUAUUGCUUUAGAGCAGGGAAAUGGGGUUUUUGCCAUUGUUCUCUCUCACUAUUUCUCUCUUUCGCCUAAAGGUAUGCUUGCACACAAUAUAUUUUUUUUAGUUGCUCUUGCUCUCGCCGAUAAAUGACAGUUACUCAUACGCACCCUGCACUCGCGAUGACAGCUUAAAUUAACGCUAAUGUUUACAUUACCGCUAAGCGAAAAGAGUCUUUUAACAAAAAUACAUUGGAUAACACAUAAGUGAAUACAUAAAUAUUCGCAUAAACAGUUUAUUCGCCGCUCAUGCUCAAUUCUGUAGCAAUUGUGCUAUAAAGAGAAAAAUUCUUCAUUGAACUCAUUUUGUUUGGGUUAUGUCAUCCGAAAUGUGAACGAAUUCACAUCGAUAUAUUAUAUGUAUGUUACAUAUAUGCUUGUAUAUACAUAAAUAUAGUCAGUAUGUGUCCUCAGAGUAGUGAAACCGUGAAUCAGUGAGUUUGGUGAGCUCUUAAGUAACCGGUGAAUAAUUGAAACUGAAAAUCUGUACGUCUCAUUUGGCUGCCGUUGAGCGAAGAAAACGUGAGCACGAAAUUUUGUGAUAAAUUGAAAUCUUGAAAAUUGUUCAAGUAAAGCAG